AUGACAUAGUCCUUCAAGCUUUUUAAAAUAAAUCUGAUUUAUGCUAUUCUAAUAAUAAUUUAAAUCCAUACUUUACUGGGAUAAACGACAUAUUCUGGUGCAACCUUGAGAAAUGAAUUAUUCUAAGUAUUAGAAAUAAAUAACCGCUACAAAUUUAACUAUGAAUAAUUAAAUAAAAUAUUCUGGUUAAAUUUAUUUGCCUCUUAACCUUAAAAAUCAGAAUAUUACAUUAUAUAAAUAGAUUUUUACUCUCAAGAUCCAUCUUCUAAAAUCAAAGCUUGUCUUAAUUUCUAACAAUAGAAUAUUUAAUAAAAUGAUAAUCAGAAUUGUUAAAUUACUGAUUUUGAUGCUACUAACGAGAAAUUAAGUUAGCAUUUAUUAGUUAUUAAAAAACAAGAUGUUAAUUUACAGUCUAAUAAAAUUCCAUUCUUAGUUAUUUACGAAGAUAACUUAAAUAGCAUGUAAAACUAAUAUGAAAACUCUUCAAAUUCUUUAGAGUAUGAAAUCUCAAUUUAUUUUUCUAACUCUUAUCCAUGCCAUAAUAAUUGCCACGGACUUUAAGGCAUGUGUAACUCAUAGUAUGGUACUUGCGCUUGUAAAUAAAAUUACAUAGGUAGUGAUUGUAGUGUAUAACUUAAUCCACUUGCUCUACUGGAAAAUAUUAACAUUACAAAUACAUCUAUUUUAAAUGAAGAAGACUAUUUUAAAAUUGAAAUGGACCUCAACAUUUUACACCAAAAUAAUAAUGUUGCUUCUCUCUUCCUUUAAGCAAUAUAAAAUCCUUAAAACCUAAAAAUAUUUAUGUUAUUUAAUGACUAUGAAAUGCCAAGCGAAACAAACUAUCAUUUUAUAUUUGAAAUGACCAGCAAUUAGAUCAUCAUAUCAAACCUUGAAAACCUAUGCAAAUAAAAAAUUUUUAAUCCAGAGCUAAGCAAUCCUAAUGUACAAACCCUGGUAAAUAUUUUUGCAAAACUAGAAAAUACUAAUUUAUUAGAUAAUUAAAAUAAAUAAAUUAACGAUAAAGAUAACGAAAAUAAUCAUAAUGUCUUAGUUUAUAAUAAUAGUGAUGGAUUUUUAAUUAAAAAUAAUAAAAAUGACCAAAAAUAGAAUCAAGUAUUUGAACAUUUGAUAAUUGCGCUUGUUUCAUUUACAGCAGCUAUUUUUAUAUGUGUUUUAGUUAUUAAAAUGACUUAAGUAAUGAUAAAAAAAGAUGAUCAAUAAGAAUCAAAUAAAAAUUUUUAAAUAAUUAGUAAGAUUGCUUAUGUAUGA